AUAUGCUGAAGGACAGGGAUGAAGAAGUACCUUACCCCAAGGAUGCCCUCUACAUACAGGAUGGUAAUGCCCUCUUCCACAUGAUGUCCAACCUCCCACCAACCUGUGGAGAGAUUUGCAUGCAGCUCCUUGACCUAAUGGUUGCCAAGCACCAUUUUGUGUUCUCCACAGAUUGCUACCAGCCAGAUUCCAUCAAAGCCCAGGACAGGCUCAGGCGUAGCUUUACUGAGAAGUAUAUAAUUGAUGGUCCAAAUACCCGGAAGCCCUAUGACUUUAAGUCAUUCCUUGGUAAUGAGCUGAACAAGAAGCAGCUAUAUGACCUGCUUCUCAAGGUCUGGGUGAGCAAUGAGGCAGCAUCCCGGAUUGAGAAGAGUAUGAAAGCAGUGGUGUGUGUUAACGGGAAAUCCUAUGACCUAACAUCAACAAAUGGAAAGGUCCAGACUUCUGAGAUCUAUGCACUGCGGUCCAACCAGGAGGAGGCAGACAGCUGCAUUGUCCUGUACCUCCACCAGGCUGUCAAAUGGGGGUACAAGUCCUGUGUGGUGAGGACACCUGACACAGACAUUCUGAUGAUCCUCCUCUACCAUGCCAGCAAGAUCAACCUCUCAAUCUACUUUGACCUCGGCUCUGGCAAACAUUGCAUACUCAUAAAUGUGACGGAACUGUCUGAAUCACUGGGCCCUGACUACUGUAGCACCCUGCCGGGAUUCUAUGUCUUUACUGGGAAGGACUGUACCAGCGCUUUUAAAGGCAAAGGAAAGGCGAAUCCCCUGAAGAAGCUACAGCAAAAUCCUAAACUCCACAAUGCUUUCAGGCAGCUUGGUGCAGACUGGCUGGUCACAGAUGAGCUUCAACGGGAGAUGGAGAGCUUCACAUGCAUCAUGUAUGGCCAAGCACGGAUGACAUCAGUUGACGCAGUACGAGCCAAGAUGCUGAGAAAAAUGGUCGGUGCUGACAAAGUCCUGGACUCAAAGUCAAAAGUAGACCUGGAACGCCUGCCACCCCCCAAAGUCUGUCUCAUCCCACAUGUACAGAGAGCCAACUACAGAGUUGCCUGCUAUAAGAGAGCAGACGAGGCAAUAAUCGAGAGCCCCAAACCAUAUGAUCCAGGCAUGGGCUGGGAGUAGACAGGAGAGGAGGAGGUGUUGGAACCUGUUUGGACAAUUGGACCCAUCCUCCCUCCUUCUCUUGUUGAGGUACUGGCUCAGAGAGCAGAGUCAGAAGAGCAGGCAGCUCUUGACAAGUUAGCUGAUUCCAACAACAACUUGUCUGUGGGUGAAGAGGAUGGAGAGUAUGAACAUAAUGAUGAGGAUGAAGUGCUGGAAGAAAUAGACUUAGAAGAUCUCUUCAGUGAUGGAGGAAAAUGAGUAGUUUAGGUCAACUUUUAUUAUUUAUUAUUUUUUGGCUAUAAAUAAAAAAAACAGAAUCAAUAUGU